AUGUCUGUGGGCAACCUAUACGUUAUUCGGGGAAAUGUAGACAGUGUAUUUGGAAGGGAAUGGUUGAAACUAUUCAACAUUGAGCUUCAGAAAGAGAAUGAUCACAGAACUAAGAAGGAUGGAAACAUAGUGGAAUACAAUAAGUCAUUGACAGGAGGCCGGUACCACGAUAGGAAGGGAUUUAAUCACCCGGCACUCGACCAGAUAUCCAAAGAGCCUGAGACUCGAUUGGCCACCAAGAGACAGGCGAGAGAUGAAGCUAGAGAAAUCAGGACGAAGGAACUAGAAAGUCACCAGCUUUACAGCAAAUAUAACUUUAAAAACCACGAUGUAUACUCCACUCCAAAUAGAGCUAGCUCUGUCACCAAUAGUAGAUCUCAGUUGUGCUCAAAGAACAGCUAUAAAUCGUCAAAUUGUACUUCUGAGGACUUUAGGGAGGAGGUCAACAGCAUGCAAGUUGCCAGUAUUGAUCCAAGGGAAUGUGAGGAGAGGUUCCGCAAAGCUGUGGUGACCAAAGCACAUCUGGACAGUGUGAAGAAGGCUAGAGUAGAGUACCAGAGUGAUAUGUCCAAGGAAAAAUUCAAGGAUUUUGAGAAACAUCUUCAAGUUUUGAAAGAACACAAGGAUACCAAACCUCUGAAGAAAGUUCAAGAACAACUAGGUGAAGAGCAGAAAACUCUAGAAGAACUAGAAGGUGUCCUACAACAUAAAUAUGGGUCGGUAGAUAUUCGGUUGAAGCGAGUCCUAGAAGAAUGUAAUGGGUUGUUGGAUGAGCUACGAGGACUCAAGUUGGAGUUAAUGAAAAGGGGGAGCUGCAUGAGUUCUACACCGAUGACAGGGACGAUAUACAACAAAAUAAUUACAUAA